AUUUUUAUAAUCGAAGCAUAGAAAAAUAAAAACAUGGAUGAGCAUGUAUCAAGUCAAUAUGCAAGAUCAAAAAGAAAAAUAAGGAACAAACGAUCCAGUAUCAUAAUCAUCCAUCAACAUUUUCUCUCUCUUUUUUUUCUGUUCCAUCUUUUUUUUUUGUGGUUGAUUCAUCAUGAUGCCUUCCUCAUCGCCUUUUAUUCAUCAGGAUAUUUUCUUUCAGCCGUUUCUGUAUUCCAACCCAAAAAUAACUACGUCUUCAUCAUCACAAGGAAGUGGCGACGAUGAUGAAGAUAAUAUUCCAUUGAGUGCGUAUUGCACGUUUCCAACUAUAGGAUUUACAUCCCAUCCUUUCACGACUUCAUCAAGGCCUCCACUACGGCGCCCAAGUGCUCCACCUCAACGUCAUCCCAGCGAAGGCUAUCGAGCCACAUGGCAAGCCCGACGUCCUUCACAACCUGCGAUCAAUCAACCGGCUUUUGAACUGUUAGAGGAUACUUCGGAUGAUGAUGACGAAGACGACGUACCUAUUGGCGUUCUUCAGGGCCAACCUUCGACCAAUCGAAAAGUAGAAUACCAAUCGGCCGCAGAAAAGUACAAGGAAAAAGUCAGGGUUUGGGCGAGGGACACAUCGAACAAUGCCAUUUAAAAGGUUUCCUCCUCUCUUGUUCUUCUCAUUAACCCGUCUCUCCGUAAUGUUCUUGAUCCCAUUCAUGGUUUGCCGACAAGCCCAGGCAAUGGGGCAGGCAAAGUAAAAAGGAAAUCCAAUAGUUCUGUGAUAUUGUAUUAC